AAACACAACAACAACAACGUUCGUUUACCCUUCCUGUCUGCUACUGGAAUUCGACGGAUAACAAGUUUCAAAACUCUAUAAAAAUGCGGUCACAGGUGCUGUCUCUGUAUAAGUUACUGCAUAGAACAAGUCAAAAGACUUUUCUUGGAGAUGCUAAAGCUCUGGAAGCUGCACAACUCAGGAUUCGCGAUGAAUUUAACUCAAAUAAGGAUGUUUCAGACCCAAAAGCUUUAAAGAAGUUAUUAAAGACUGGGCAGGAUGUUCAAUUAUUGCUCAAGACAUCUGUAGCUCAAGGCAUUCACAAAGAAGAUGGCAGAUAUUCACUGAGGAUUCAUGAACAUCUCCUGCGAGAGGACAAUGCACCGUUUCCAUGUGACAAGGAUAAGAGUAACAGAUGAUGAUGUUACCAUGGUGAUCUUUGGACACAUUGCCUGUGGGAGGUUGAUAGAGGAGCUGAACAAACAUUCAUGUAUCGCAUUGAUCCACCUAAUUGGACCAUAGGAGAAUGACAAUGAAACCUGGAGUUACGUAGUGAAGGGACAAACUUCAGAGUCAAAAUGAGCUGGGAAAGUUCUGAGACAUUUAUAUAUAACGUGUAUGCAUCGAUGUACACAACUGAAGAAAAUUAAUCUAGAUUGUGGAUGGGGCAUGUCAUAUGUCAUAUGUCAAAGUUGAGCAUAAUAUCAGCUGUUGAUAGAGACCAUGUGUUACUAGUAGACCGUAACAAUCUCAUUCAUAUGUUGGCCAUAAAUUCAUAUUCAUCUUGAGAAUGGAAUAUUUCAUUUUACCGUAUUUGGAAACCUGGUGCACUGUGUGUCAGAUAAAAGAGUUAUAUCUCAUUCAGAGCCAGGUACUGCUUUCUUUUUUUCUGUAUUAAUUAAAAAAAAAAUAAUAAUAAUUUGUUUUACGUAGAAGAUUUUUUAAUUUUUUUUCAAUAUGUUUAGUGACAAAGUAAAUGCAGGAAUGAAAUUCAAGUACUGGUAAGAAGUUUAGAUUUCAUUAUUUCUUUACUAAAACCACUUUAUUUUUAAUGCCGCAGCAGUUUAAAGCAUAGUUUGAUUCAUAUUGCUGUUUCCUCUUUCAAUAGAUAAACGAGUGUGCUUGGCCUUUGUCAUGCACAAUAUUUGCAUCCCACUUGCCUUUCAUUUGCAUGGAAAUGGUUCUAGUAUUUUUGCCAUGUUUUUUUUUUUUUUAAUUUUUUUUUUUAUAAAAAAAAAAAGGCAGUUUACCGGAUUGUGUGUGAAUGAGGUUGUAUGAGACAUGCCAAUCAUAAACCUAAGCAUGAACUGAUUUUAAGUAUAUGUAUUACAUCUUGAAUAUUCAUGAAUGAAUGUGCUGCUAGUCGUAGAAAUGGAUUUAUCAGGAAAAGACAAGGAGUUAGGCUGCCAAACA